AUGACAUCCAAUCUUCAAACGAAGCGCAAUAAUCCCUUCGCCAGGUCAGGAACUAUAUCCCCAGAGCCAGGUGUUCCCAAAGGCAGGCCAAGAAGUGCAAUUUUUGCAUCUGCUCCCUCCUCGUCACCCGCACAAAAUCCGCCAACACACAAUCGACACCAAUCUUAUUCUUCACUGGGAAACAUCGUAGGACCUCCUAGCAACAACAAUAAUAAUAAUAAUGUUUCCUUAAGAUUUCGAUCCAACUCGAAAACGAUCGCCCCCUCCUCGAACACAUUUGCGCCUUCAUUUAUCAAAUCAGAAGAGAUGCGACUCGGUGCAGAAACCAUGGAGGGAGAAAGUGAUUUUUCCGGGAAGCGAUAUGUUUGGUUAAAAGAUCCCCAAACUGCAUUCGUCAAAGGUUGGGUAGUGGAGGAAAUGGAAAAUAAUCAUAUCUUGGUCCAAUGUGAUGAUGGCAGCCAAAGGGAGGUUGAUGCCGAGACUGUUGACAAAGUGAACCCUCCGAAAUUCGACAAAGCAAAUGAUAUGGCAGAGCUUACACAUCUGAAUGAAGCAUCAGUCGUCCAUAAUCUUCACAUGAGAUACCAAGCUGAUCUUAUCUAUACCUACUCAGGCCUGUUUCUGGUCACCAUCAAUCCAUAUUGCCCGUUACCUAUUUACACAAAUGAAUACAUUAAUAUGUACAAGGGACAGAGUCGGGAAGAGACAAAACCACAUAUAUUCGCAAUGGCCGAUGAGGCAUUUAGGAAUUUGGUUGAAGAAGGAGAAAACCAGAGUAUUCUUGUGACUGGAGAGUCUGGGGCCGGAAAGACAGAGAACACCAAAAAGGUCAUCCAAUAUCUUGCUGCGGUUGCGAACUCGGAAUCACCAGUUAAGAACAAGGUGCAACAUUCAAUCCUUUCGCAGCAGAUUCUUCGAGCCAAUCCAAUCCUGGAAGCGUUCGGAAAUGCGCAAACAGUCAGAAACCAUAAUUCAUCUCGUUUUGGAAAAUUCAUCAGAAUCGAGUUUACGCGCAAUGGCAGUAUCGCCGGUGCUUUCAUAGAUUGGUAUCUUUUUGAAAAAUCAAGGGUCGUAAGGUUGAACGCUCAUGAGCGGAAUUACCACGUUUUUUAUCAGCUCCUGAAGGGAGCCGACCUCGCGUUAAAACACGAAUUCCUCAUUGAAGGUUUAGACGUGGAGGAUUUCGCUUACACAAGGGAUGGUCACGACACCAUCGUUGGUGUCUCUGACAGGGAUGAGUGGAACUCCCUAGUGGAGGCAUUCAACGUUAUGGGCUUUUCCGAAGAAGACCAAGUAUCUAUAUUACGAACGGUCGCUGCAGUUCUCCAUCUGGGCAAUAUAACUGUCGUCAAGGAGAGUAGGUCGGCAGAUCAAGCUCGAUUGGCUCCAGAGGCACGUGCACAGGCAGACAAGGUUUGCAAAUUACUCGGCAUCCCACUCGAGCCAUUCUUGAAAGGUUUAUUACAUCCUCGUGUGAAAGCUGGAAGGGAAUGGGUUGAAAAAGUUCAAACUCCAGAACAAGUCCUACUUACAAUAGAUUCGUUGGCAAAGGGAAUCUAUGAAAGAGGUUUUGGUGAUCUGGUGACCCGAAUCAAUCGCCAACUAGAUAGGACUGGCAUGGGUCUCGAUGACUCUCACUUCAUUGGAGUGUUGGAUAUUGCUGGAUUUGAGAUAUUUGAAGUAAACAGUUUUGAGCAGCUGUGCAUCAACUACACCAACGAGAAACUUCAGCAAUUUUUUAACCACCACAUGUUUGUCCUUGAACAAGAAGAGUACGCCCGUGAGAAAAUCGAAUGGAAAUUCAUCGAUUUUGGUCACGAUCUCCAGCCUACAAUUGACCUGAUUGAGUUGCCUAAUCCCAUUGGUAUCUUCUCAUGUCUUGAUGAAGAUUGUGUCAUGCCCAAAGCCACUGAUAAAUCAUUCACGGAAAAACUUCAUUCUCUCUGGGACCGCAAAAACCCAAAAUACCGAGCUUCUCGACUUGGGCAAGGAUUCAUGCUUACUCACUAUGCCGCUGAAGUUGAAUAUUCGACCGAAGGAUGGCUGGAGAAGAACAAAGAUCCUAUGAAUGACAACAUUACUAGAUUGUUGGCUGCAUCCAGCGAUACACACGUCGCGAAUCUUUUCAGUGAUUGCUCGGAGGCAGGCGAUGACUCGGGUGCCAUCCGAAGCAGGGUUAAGAAGGGACUUUUCCGUACAGUUGCUCAAAGACAUAAAGAACAUCUCUCCAGCUUGAUGGCCCAGCUGCAUUCAACGCAUCCCCAUUUUGUGAGAUGUAUCAUACCCAAUCACAAGAAAAAGCCAAAGCAACUCAGUGCGCCGCUUGUACUUGACCAGUUGCGUUGCAACGGUGUUUUGGAAGGUAUCAGGAUUGCACGCACUGGCUUUCCCAACAGACUUCAUUUCUCAGAGUUCCGACAGAGAUACGAAGUUUUAUGCCGAAACAUGCCGAAGGGAUACGUCGAUGGUCAGACAGCAGCUAGCAUGAUGCUAGAUAAACUUCAAUUGGACAAAUCAUUGUUCCGUGUCGGAAUUACGAAAGUCUUCUUUCGUGCUGGUGUAUUGGCAGAGCUUGAAGAACAACGUGAUGCCUUGAUCCGUGAGAUUAUGACCCGGUUCCAAUCAAUGGCUCGCGGUUUUACAAAGCGACGAAUUGCCAACAAGCGGUUGUAUAGAGCGGAGGCAACACGGAUCAUUCAAAGGAACUUUCAAGUUUACAUCGAUCUCUGUGAGAACCCUUGGUGGCGGCUUUUGCUUAAAAUGAAGCCCUUGUUAGGUGCUUCCAGGACAUCAGGAGAGGUCAAGAAGAGAGAUGAGAUGAUCAAACAACUAAGCGAAAAAAUGGACCAUGAGGCUGCAGAACGCCAAAGACUAGACGAGGAACGACGAAACACCCACACUGAGAUGUUAAAGAUUCAACAGACCUUGGAAAGUGAACGCGCUCUAGCCUUAGACAAGGAAGAGAUUUUUAAACGUCUCCAGCUCCGUGAGACAGAGUUAAGCGAUAAAUUAGCUGGUGCUAUUGAAGACCAAGAGAAGCUUGAGGAUCAGUUGGAUGACUUGUUGGAAGCCAAAAAGCGAGCUGAACAUCAAUCUGAUGAAUACCGGUCUCAAUUGGAGCAAGCAGGGUAUAUAAUUGCUAAGCUGGAGAGCGAAAAGCGAGACCUUGCUGAACAGCUGGCCAAUUUAGAUGAUCAACUGAGAGAUCUUGCCAAGAAGCAGGCGGAUCGAAGUGCACAGGAAGCGCAGCUAGCCCAGGAUGUUCAACUACUCCAGAGUCAGUUAAGUAUAAAAGACAGAAAGGUUAUUGAUCUUGAGGCCAAACUUGUCAGAAUUGACCAAGAGUCGGAAGUCAAGCUAGCAACAGCAGCAAAGGACCUUCAGGCAUCCAAGUUGAGGGAAAGUAACCUAACUAGUGAGAAUCGCAAAGUACAGAAACAACUGUCUGACUUAUCUGCAACAUCGACGGGAUAUGAAGAUCUCGUCCGACGCAAGGAAAGCGAGUUGGCCAUCCUUCGCUCCGAUAACCGUAAAUAUGAGGCCGAGAAGAAGAGUUUUGAUGAACAGAAGCGAUCACUGUCAAUGGAGAAGGAAAAUAUUGGCAAUAGGUUGAAAGAAGUUCAAGCUGAAAUGUUCGCUAUGAAGUCCCAGCAAGCCAAUUUACAAAAGGAAGCGGCCGACGCGAAAAAGCUCCUCGAUGCUAGAUUAACAGAGGAUGCUCAUGCCGAGCAAAAUCGUAGAAGGCUGGAGGAACAAAUCUCGACUUUGAAACAGCAAUUAUCAGACGUACAAAAGGACCUCAGCAAGGAGCGACAAUCUCGAGAUGAUGUCCAGCUCCUUGCUGAACAUAAAUUCCGAGAGCUUAGCGAGAAAUUUCAAGAACUCAAUGAGGCUAAGAUCAUUAUUGAAAAGGAGUUAUAUGUCCAGCAAGACACUCUUAGAAGAGCAAUGGAGAAUAGAGUUUCGGCUGAAAAGGAACGCAACGAGGCCCGGAACGAAAUCAGAAAACUUAGAGAGGCCAAAAUUGCAGCGGAAGAGGCUAGGAUACAAGCUGAAGUAGUAGGGGACCGCAAUGCAUCACGUCUAGCCCGGGAGCGUGAAGCUAGCUUGAAGAAAGAUCUAGAAGCAGAACAAAAUCGUGCAAAGUAUUUCGAGACAGAGUGCAGUCGUCUAAAUCAGCAAGUCGAGGAUCUCAACAAGGUCAUGAUAGAAUCUGGGGAUUUUGGGCUCAAGGUUGACCAGGAAAAAGAACGGCUUGAGCGUGAACUCAACACAGUUCGAAGUCGACUAAGUGCCUCCGAAAAUGACAAUCGUGCUCUACUCAACAAGCUUCAACAAAAAGGUCUGGAGAUUGCGCGCACUAGCUCUAGAGCAAGUGAAUCAUCGAGAGGCCAGCUAAUAGCAGCCCAGCGCGAAAAGGCUAAGGUUGAUGAGCAGAACCAGAAGCUCAAUAAACAGCUGGGUGAUGCACAGAUUCAACUUACAUCCCUUCAAAAACAAAAGGAGAAGCUGGAGCUCAAUCUUGAGGACCUGACGCGCGAAGUUGAACGUGAGCACAUGAGUAGCAGAAACGCCGAGAAGACUUCUUCUACUGUGACCACCCAGUUGGCAGAGGCAAACCGCAAAUUGGAGGACGAACGACAACUUCACUCACAGGCCCAGGCCAAGAACCGACAACUUCAGUCCUUGAUUGAUAGUCGAGACAAAGACAUCAUUGAAUUAAUGAAGAUUGUGGAUCCGGAGAUGCCUGCACCGCCUGUAGCACAAUUUGAUGGUAGUGUCGAUAAGAGCACCUCUGGCAAUCCAAAUCUCAUCUUGCAACUCACCCAGAAACUUGAAGAGCUUCAGCAAAAUCUCAGAGUUCAAGCCGCCGGUCGAUCGAAUGCUGAAGCACAAGUCCUUGAAUUACGAAAACGAUAUGAAGAUGAGUUUGGGGAUUCUUUAGAGUGGCAAACACCGGGUAGGCCUAAGCUUGAAGAAAUUAACACUAAUGAGGGAGCCCGAAAUACAUCUCCGACGCAUAUCAAAAACAAGCUCAAUGGCAGACCUCAAUCGAAUGGAACUACGCCUAAUCGGCGCUUCCCAAGUUCAGGGGAUCAGGCCCAAGACUCCGAACGUUCAGACCGUACAGCUGAUAUUUUAAGUUUUAAUAAUCGCAUGGAUCUGAAAGCUGAUGUGGAAGAACUGCAAAACAAGUUGCAGCUAGCGCAAAUGGAGAAUCGUCAUCUUCAGAGUCAACUUGAGCGUUCUACUCCUGGACGAGAUAUAUUCGAGGAUAGCCCGUCAGUACGCCGUGUGCACAAGCUUGAGCAAGCCAACACCAGACUCCAUGAAAUGCUUGAUGAUUCUGCGAAGAAAGUGUCCGCUCUUGAAAAGAGCAUUCAAACUGGAGAGCUAUCUUUCCGGGACAUCCAAGCCAAAUCUCACGAAGAGUUAUUCGAGCUUAUCAACAACCAAGAAGAAAACCGACGAAUUUUGAUGUACGCUCACAAAGAUGCAUUAGUCGAUCUUAAUGAUACAAAGAAGAAUUAUGAGAUUCUGAAACAUACUCGGGCAGUUUUGGAGGUCGAUCUCCGAGAUGCUAAAUCUGAUCUUGAGGACAUGACUUUGCAGAGAGAUCAGGAUGCCGCCAGCCGAAAACAACUCUUGCAAGAAUUUGCCGAUCUUCAAAUCCGUUUGGAUGCCGAAUCUUCGAAAUUGGCCGAUGUUAGUUCCAGCCUUAGUCUCUACAAGAGCAGGUCGGACGAGUACUUCAGUAAACUUGAACAAGCUGAAAUUGCUGUGUUGAAAGCGUCUAGAGCCGAACAAUUCGCAAGAUCUCAAGCAAAAGAAGCAGAAGAAACUUGUGCCGAGAUCAUGUCAGAGAGACAGCAUAUGGAUGAAAUCAUCGAGGAUCUCCAGAAACAGAAUCAACGUUACGAAGAGAAACUUGAGGAUCUUUCAUCUGACUUAGAUGCCGCUGUUCAAGCAAGAAAGCGAUUGCAACAUGAGCUUGAGGAUUACCGAAGCCAACGGGCCAUGGAGAUUGAAGACAAAGAAUCCAGUAUGGAGCAGACCAGAAAGAAAUAUCAAGCUGAGUUUGCCACUCUCACGAAUGAAUUGGAUAUUGCUCGUGAGGAAAAGCUGUUCAAACAAAGUGAAAAUACAAGACUUCGAGAAGAAUUAGAUCAGCUGCGAUCGAAAUGGGACGAUGAAGUUUUGAACAGUUCAACAUGGUCCAAGGAAAAGGCUCGCCUUGAAGCCACUCUUUCAGAUCUCAAUGUAUCACGGGAUGAAGCCGUCAACGCCCACAACGAGGCUCAAGGCAAGAUUGUGUCGCUACUGGCACAAGUCCGAAGUCUCAGGACAGACGUAGAUGAUGCAGCCGCCGAGCGAGAUAUUCUACAACGCGAGAAGCGUGGCUUACAAGCUCGCCUCGAAGAAGCUAAAGCAGGCCUUGAUGACCUUGCUCGGAGCGACAGCCCCGCGCUACGGAACGCCGCCGGUAUGGAUCGCGAGAUUCUGGAGCUCAAAUCUAACCUAGCCCAGCAAGAAGAUAUCGCAGCUGCUGCCAUUGGUAAGAUGAGACGAUCCGAAGCUCUUGCGUCUGAAAUACAGAAAGACAUUGUCGCCGAAAGAGAGACGACCGCACAGUUGAAUAAGGAGAAGGCUGCGUUAGAAAAGUCACUCAAGGAGACUCAAGUCAGACUCCUGGAUUUGGAGACUAAAGGCUAUUCAAGUGCUAGCCAAGACGUGAGAUUCCUCCACGGGCGUGUUCAAGAGCUCGAAGCCCAGCUCGACGCACAAGAAUCCGAACGCAACAAGUCACAACGUUCUGAACGAAACGUCGAUCGCACAGUCAAAGAUCUUCAGCAACAGAUCGAGCGCAAAGAAAAGGCCAACGCGCAACUCCAAGAAGAUAUCAUGCGCUCCAGGGAUAAGGUCGAGAAACUCCUCAAGACUAUUGAUGAGCUUCAAUCAAGCGACUCAAACAACCAGCUUUCAGCUCGUAGAGCCGAACGUGAGUUAAGGGAAGAGAGAGAAAAGGCUUUGAGACUAGAGCGGGAAUUGGAGGGCUGGAAGGCAUUAAGAAUGCAAAAAGGCCCUGGUGGUAGAAUCAGUGCGAGUGGCACGUGGAGACCGGGUAGUGAAUUCGGUUCCGACGACGCGGGUAUUGAAAUUCCAAAGAGGAAGAGCAGUUUGAGCAGGCAGGAUAGUAUGAGUAAAGGAUUUUUGUAA